AUGGGUGAUCUUCAAGUAUUUAUUGGAAAUUUGUGUAAUAUAUCUACUGACGUAUUACGUACAUAUUGUGAACAAUAUGGAUCAUUAAUAGAAUUAUCGGUAAAUCGAAACAAAGACAAUGAUCUUUAUCAUUGUUUUGCUUUUGUUACUUUUCAACUUCCACGUAAUAUAUCACAAUUUAUGUCUCAUCGACCACAUUCUAUAGAUGGUGAAGAAAUAUUUGUUAAACGAACAUUACCACGUUCAGCAUCAACUAUCGCUGAAAGACUUAUUACUACUAAUCGAUUGGUUUCACGCGAUUUAUCUAAAUAUAAUAAAAAUCUUUUACAAAAUUAUUUUCAAAAAUAUGGUAAUGUUAAAAAAAUUGAUAUUGAAAAUGAUUAUAUUGAUUUUGAUGAUUAUGAUGAUGUUGACCGUGUUUUACUUGCUCGACCACAUUAUAUUCGUGAUAAAGAAAUAUCAGUAACUAAAUUUUUUCCAUCUGAACAACAAGAUAAUUCAGAAAAUCAUCAUAUAUGUUCCAAUCAUCGUCAACGACUUACUACAAAUUCUGGACAAUCUUUUCGAAUUAGUAGAACAUCAUCGACAGAAUCAAUGACACAUUCAAAUAUUGAAACACUUGGGCGAAAUCCAUCUAUCAAACGAGAAUGGAAUAGUGAUGAUGAUGAUGAUGAUGAUGAGCAAGAAGGUAGAAUUGAUUGUAAUUAUUCUAGUACUCAAUAUGAACAUCUUGAAGAACAAUUUUAUGAAUAUAAACAAGCAAAAGAAAUUGAAAUAGCUGCUUUAAAAAUGGAUUUAGAACAUACAAAACAUCAAUUGAUUGAUAUAAUGGAAGAAAAGUUUGAUCUAUUAAUAAAAAAUCAAGAAUUAUAUCAUAAGGACUUAUUAAUUCGUCUAUCUUCUAAUAAUACAUCUAUGUAUACAGAAGCAACCGAAGAUUCAUUUCCAUCAACACCGAAUCACACAGUAAAAAAACGUAAAUUGACAAGAUCACCAUCAUUAUCAUCAAUUUCUUCUGAAUAUGAUUCCGAUCUGUAA